UUGCUAACAGACUCAAUGGAUUAGAUAUACGAUCCGAGGGGGGCCCUGACAGAAAGCCAACCAUCAUUGUACUGUACAUGGUGGUUUUCAUAUUUUUCUUGCUCCCCUGAGCGUUCAUGAAUACGAAUAUAUUGUGACAGUUGAAAAGGUAGUGAGGGCAGUUGUGAGAGUCUUAGUUGAGGCCAAGGCCGCCGAGGCUCUUUGGCAUGCAUGCAAGUAAGCAAACACGUGAGCACAUGGCACACGAUCCAUGCGGGUUCCAAGUUUUUGACGUGUUAAACCAAACCUUUCCAUGGUGACAGUAGAAAGUUUACAGUUAAUACCUUAAGCUUAAAGGAGAGAGGGAGAGACAAAUGUGAUGAAUUGAAAAAGUCCCAUGGAUUCGUCGAUCCAAUUAAGAAGUAGUUCCCGUGUCCUCGUGUUCAAAGAAUCGGUCCAUCGAAUCGAGGACGCUAUUAUUUCCGAGGCUGACACUGCAACCUCCAGUCAGCGUCAUCCGAAUCCCCAAGAGACAGCUGAAGAAGACGAUCUCAGCCAUGGAUUUAGAGUUGGGGCCAAAAUUUCCCAAGCCUCGGCCUCCUCGUUGCGUUCGAUAACCCGUCCGUUGUCUGUUGCUUGGCCAAAGUCGUCCUUAUUUCGCUCUUGGUGUUGUUUCAGAGUUCAUCCGGAGAGUUCGCACUCGCAUCCGCGACGAGCUCCGUGUUACGAAACCCUUGAAAUGAAGGUGGAGACCAUGACCAACGAUGGCAACGCUCAGGCUCAAGGCGACAAUGAGGAUCUCUUGUGGAAGCCGCUCUCCACCAAAACUCAUCAUCUGGAGCUCAUUCGAUUGGGACUGAAUGAACAAUAUUCGGUCAAUCUGUUGCACUAUCACGAUCUCCACAAAUGGUCGGUGGAGCACUUUGAUCUGUUCUGGGCCUUUCUUUGGAACUACUUUCAAAUCAAAUCUUCCGUCCCUCCCACUAAACCCGUGGUGGACAAAGAGCAGCUCAUCAGUGAUAUUCCUCGCUGGUUUCCCGGUGUUAAGAUGAACUAUGCGGAAAAUCUCCUGCGAUACCCGGACGGUGACAAGAUCGCUUUCUAUUUCACCACUGAGCGAGUCAAGGACAUUGGAAUCCAGAGCAAGACCUUUGGACAAUUGCGUCGACGAGUGGCCUUCAUCGCUCACGCUCUUCGACAGCAUGGUGUGCAAGUUGGCGAUCGUGUGGUGGGGUAUUUGCCCAAUUUCGCUGAAUCGAUCGAAAUCAUGGCGGCUGUGUCUUCCAUUGGAGCCAUCUGGAGCUCGACAUCCCCGGAUUUUGGAGUUUCCGGAGUACUGGAUCGCUUCAAGCAAAUCUCGCCCAAAAUCGUGUUUUCUGUCGAAGCUGUGUCCUACAAUCUCAAAAUCCACAACCACUUGGACAAGCUCAAAGAAGUUGUGGAUGGUCUUCCAAAUGUUGAAAAGGUGGUCGUGAUUCCAUACUGCACUAGUGAGACUGACAUCUCGCUCAACACCUUGAACAUGGGCGACAAAGCCACCUUCUUCUCGGAAUUCAUCGGUCCUGAAACGGGCUCAUCGCCGGCCUUGACCUUCGAGCAUCUUCCCUUUGACCAUCCUUUAUUCAUCAUGUACUCCAGUGGAACAACCGGUGCGCCCAAGUGCAUGGUCCACGGCGCGGGUGGAACCCUCAUGAAGCACUUGGAAGAGCAUCAGAUCCAAGGGAAUCGAGGUCCCGAAGAUGUGCUCAUGUAUUACACCACCAUUGGGUGGAUGAUGUGGAACUGGAUGGUUUCGGCACUAGCCCUGGGUACGACUUUGGUCUUGUACGAUGGCUCCCCUUUGCUUCCACACGUGGCGGCCAUGUGGGACUUGGUGGAUGAGUGCGGGAUCACCGUUUUUGGCACGUCCGCGAAGUGGAUCGCCGUCCAGGAGGACAAAGGAGUGCAACCGCGACUCAGUCAUAAGUUAGGGACGUUAAAAGCCAUCUGCAGCACGGGUUCACCCUUGAGUCCACAUAGUUAUGACUAUGUUUACCGAGAGAUCAAAAGCAACGUACUCUUAGCUUCCAUCAGCGGAGGCACGGAUAUCAUCGCGUGUUUCAUGGGCGAAAAUACGGUGCUUCCCGUGCAUCGCGGAGAAAUUCAAAGUGCUCAUCUUGGAUGUGCCAUCGAGUGUUGGGACGAGGAUGGUCAACCGAUUGAAGGUGACUCGGGUGAACUCGUCUGCACUCGACCUUUCCCCUCGAUGCCAGUAAAGUUCUGGAACGACCCCGAUGGCAAACUGUACCGGGCCGCCUAUUUCGACAAGUAUCCCGGCGUUUGGGCCCACGGCGACUUCCUCCAUAUCAACCCUAAAACCAAGGGCCUGUUCAUGUUAGGGCGAUCCGAUGGAACACUCAAUCCCAAUGGAGUACGUUUUGGGAGCGCCGAAAUCUACAGUAUCCUGGAGACCUUUGACAUCGUAGCAGACUCGCUUUGUGUUGGACAACGCGUUGGCAACGAAGAACGCGUAAUCCUGUUCUUGAAAAUGAAAGAUCCCGGCAUGUUCACUCCUGAGUUGAUCAAAGUCAUUCGCGGCAAGAUCCGAACCCAACUGAGUGCCCGUCAUGUACCUGCACUCAUUCUUCCCAUAGACGACAUUCCCUACACCGUGAAUGGCAAGAAAGUCGAGGUAGCUGUCAAGAAGAUACUGGCCAAUCAACCAGUAAAGAAUGCUGGAGCUUUAUCUAAUCCGGAGAGUUUGGAAUUGUUCCGAAACAUCCCGGAGACUCAGGUUUGGUAAAACAAAUACAACGGAGGAUUAAUAAACAUAUUGGUUAUAUUAUUGUA